UUGACUUCAUAGACUAAUACAAUAUUAUUAGAAUAAGACACAGUGAGAGAGAGAGAAAUUAAUGGCUUCCAGAGAGAAAAAGCAGAAGAAACUAAUAAGUGGUUUCUUUAGCAAUUUUUAUAGGUCAAGUACACGAAGUCAGAAGCCAAAACCCGAGCCUUCUGUAGCGGCAAAUAACAAGCCUGUUUCACCGAGUUUGUUGUUGAAGAAACUAGAAAAUGGCCAAACUGUAGACAGGGGUGGCCAGAAGGGAAUCGAAAAAGAAGGUAUCGAAGGAGGAAAGGUGGUUGUUGAAGGAAGAAAGUCAGUAUCCCACGUCGAGACGAAUCUGUUAUCAGUGAUCUCGUUUCUUCAGGUGAAAGUUUUGGUUUCCGACAUGCCCGGGUUCAUGCAAGUGCAUGCCUUCCGCUCUGCCAGAAGAACAUACGAUAGUUUGGAGAAGUUUAGCUCCAGGCACAUGGCUUAUAACAUCAAGAAGGAGUUUGAUAAAGUUUAUGGACCGACCUGGCAUUGUAUCGUGGGAUCAAAUUUCGGCUCAUUUGUUACACACUCAACGGGUUGCUUCCUUUAUUUCUCAAUGGAGAAACUGUACAUUUUAAUAUUCAAAACUAAAGUUCGUAGGGUUGCGAAUUAGACAAUUGAAGGCUACUA